UAUUUGUACGGUUUCAGGCCAUCGUGUGUAACGGUUGAGAGUAUCCGUCAAAAUGGUUCAGAAGAAGGUGGCCAAGAAUAAGAAGGGGAAGAAGAAGAUCGCAGCAGCGCCCGUCAUCGCUCAGAGGAAGGAAGAACCCAAGAAAGUUGAGAAUCCCCUAAUCGAGAAGCGGUCGAAGAACUUUGGCAUCGGUCAAGAUAUCCAGCCUAAGCGUGAUCUUUACCGAUUCGUCCGCUGGCCGAAAUGCGUGAGACUUCAGCGCCAGAAGGCUGUUCUUCAAACACGAUUGAAGGUACCACCACCAAUCAACCAGUUCUCGCAAACGCUCGACAAGCAAACUGCCGUGAACCUCUUCAAGCUCCUUGACAAGUAUCGGCCGGAGACUAAGCUUGCCAAGAAACAGCGUCUGAAGGAGCGAGCUGAACAGCGCGCGAAAGGAGAAGAAGAGAAGGUCAAGAAAAGGCCUAAUGUCAUCAAGCAGGGGACGAAUUCUGUGACUACUGCAAUUGAGCAGAAGAAAGCUUCUCUCGUCAUCAUCGCUCACGAUGUUGAUCCGAUUGAGCUGGUGAUCUUCCUGCCCACGCUUUGUCGCAAAAUGGGAGUUCCCUAUUGCAUCAUCAAGGGGAAGUCCCGACUCGGUCGUCUGGUGCAUAGGAAGACCUGUUCCUGCGUGGCGCUUACAACGACGAAUUCUGAGGACAAGAAUCAGCUGAACAAGUUGUUGGAGGCCAUCAAAACCAACUUCAACGAUCGUUUCGAGGAGAUCAGGAGACACUGGGGUGGUGGUCUUGUUGGUGUCAAGUCUGCGGCGAAGAUUGCCAAGUUGGAGAAAGCAAAGGCCCGCGAGGCUGCGCAGAAAGUUGCUGUUUGAAAUCAUCUCCCGUAAUUCGUUCUUGCGAUGAGAAUAAAUUUCUUGAAGGGGAGCGUCAAGAAA